GAAUGCGGAAGUUGAGGCGGAUCGGCGGCUCGGCGGCUGUAGUGUUUCUUCCUUCGUCCACAUCAACAGGUGGAAAACAUGACAGAACCGACCAAGCACGACAUUUCUGCCAUUUUCAAGCGUUUACGGUCAAUUCCUACGAAUAAGGCCUGUUUUGACUGCUCUGCUAAGAACCCCAGCUGGGCCAGUAUCACAUAUGGAGUGUUCCUGUGUAUUGACUGCUCAGGGACUCACCGCUCUCUGGGAGUGCACCUGUCCUUUAUCAGGUCUACUGAACUGGACUCCAACUGGUCCUGGUAUCAGCUGCGCUGCAUGCAGGUUGGGGGCAAUGCCAGUGCAACUGCCUUUUUUAACCAACACGGUGGCACUGCAGGUGCAGCCAAUGCCAAAUACAACAGCCGAGCAGCGCAGCUUUAUAGAGAGAAGAUAAAGACUCUGGCCACUCAAGCCACCAGGCAGCACGGCACAGAGCUGUGGCUGGACAGCCAGGCUCCCCUGUCCCCCACAUCUCCUGGAGACAAACAUGAAGACUUUUUCAGUCAGCACACACAGGAUGAUGGCAGCUCUCUCCAGCAAAAGCUGAAUCCACCACAGGACACGACACAGGACAACAAUAAUAAUGACAACAGUCAAGAAGGCCCUUCCGUCGAGCUCCUCAGUGUUUCUCCAAAAGCUGCUUUAGAGCCAUCUCUAAUCAAAAAGAAGCCAGCAGCAGCCAAAAAAACAUUGGGCUCUAAGAAAGGAGGACUGGGGGCUCAGAAGGUGAGCAGCCAGAGCUUCUCAGCGCAGGAGAAGAGAGCACAGGCUGUGGAUAGACUGCGAGAAGAGACAGUGACAGAAAAGAGUGCAGAGCCAGAAGAGCCAGUUGUGAGCUCUCUGCGGCUGGCCUAUCAGGAUCUGGAGCUGCAGAGGAAGAGAGAUGAGGAGAAGCUACGGGGGCUGGAGGGCAAGAAGAAGGAGCAGGCUGAGAGGCUGGGCAUGGGCCUGGCCAGCAGGAGCGGAGUUUCUCACUCUGUCCUGGCAGACAUGCAGACCAUUCAACAGGAGACACCCACCAUAGCUCAGUCCUCCUCUCGCUCCAGGAAGUACAGUGAGGAUGAGGAGGACGAUGAUGGAUUUGUCUCCAUUAGGAGCUCCUCCAGGUUUACAGAUGACACGUCCCAGUCGUCAGACCACUUCUUCUCACAGUGGGGAGACGUCAAGAAGAAAGAACCGAAGAAACCAGAGCCUGACUUUUACUUGACUUCCAAAAUGUCUUCAUACGAAGAGAGGACCACAGCGAGGAGAAAAGCAGAUUCAGGGCCUGUACCGGUCUCUGAUGAUGCUCAGAAGAAGUUUGGUGGUGCAAAAGCCAUCUCCUCUGAUAUGUUCUUCGGUAAACCGGACAACUCUGAGUAUGAAGCGAGAACCCGACUGGAACGCCUCUCUGGCAAUUCAGCCAUCAGCUCAGCAGAUCUGUUCGAUGAGCAGAAGAAGCAGACAAGCAGUUCAUACAGUCUGACCAAUGUGCUGCCCAGUGCUCCAGACAUGACUCAGCUCAAGUUGGGUGUGCGCUCUGUGGCUGGCAAGCUGUCCGUCAUGGCCAGUGGUGUGGUUUCAUCUAUACAGGAUCGCUACAACACAUGAGCAUUUAGAGCAUACAGGAGGAGCAGCGUCUCAUUAUAAUGAAGAGAUACUGUACAUGUAGGUCACAACUGCAUUUACAAUCAAAUAUGAUGCGUAUAUGUAGCUUUAUGGAAUAGUUAUGUAAGUGGCCAUGUAAUGGCUAGAUCCUGGCUCUUUUGGAAAGCUAACUGAAGGACAGGCUUUGAUAUGUUAUUUAAACUUGAAAUGCUUUUUUUUUUCUCCUUAUAAUUUUUCAAAAGAAAUCAUAUUGGUAUUGGGGGCACUUUGGGUUAUUUGGCUCUGAGGCCAAAUAUAUAUCUUUUUUGCUUUUUGUAAAUAUUGUAUGGAUUGUUUGUCUUUCUCAACCUGUUAUACAUGGAUUACUUUGGAUUUCAUCCUAUUUUUUUAGAGUAAUCUGAGAAAAGGGAUCUUCAUGGGAUUGAAUAGCUUUCAUUUCUCAAGUGCUCUUAAAACACAGCGGUCUCUAGAUCACUGAAAGACCAAAUUCCACAGAGAGAUUUCCUGAUGAUCACUCUAGAUUUGGAGAAAUGCUGCAUUGAUUGUUGAAGCACAUAUAACUGUAACAGUAGGGAUGUUUUCAAAUUGCGCUACGCAUUACUUUGAGAUAUUUUACGACUGUAUAAAGAUGUUAAUGUUUGUGUAAAUGUGCCAUUGACGUAUGACGAUGCGUUUCACCUUUGUUGAAUAUAUGGGGAUAUAUUUCGGAUAUAUAAGAAAAACAAGUCACUUUUAAAAGUCCUCCAGUGAAGAAAUGUAUUGCUAAAUACGGUGGAGAAUUGAGAAUUGCACCUUCUUUUAGGGAGCACUAGGUGGUGGUGUUUACAGAAAUUUAUUACACCAAAGCUGAAGAGAGGCGUUAGCAAGGACCUUCGGGCUAACAUUUACUGAUUGUUGUUGGACUUUGAAUAAAGCUUUAGGUUUGGACUAAGCUCAUACAAAACCAAACGUUCAUGUAAACUAUGCCUUAUUAGCCAGAGAAACAUUCCAUUGAUACCUUUUUUGCUUUUCUGUCUUUGUUUAUAUUCAUAUUAGCCAUUGAUUUGCAAGGGCAGCUUUUGCUUAACUGUAUUUUAUGCACUACAGAAUUAUUAUUAAGAAUGGAUAGAUGCUAAUUAUAUUUCCUAGCUGGAGCACAUUGUGUACACUUCAUGCUGAGUAUAUUGAAAGAGCUUGAAUACAAUCAAAGCUAUGUGGGAACCAAACCAGUAAUUUCUUCUAAGAAGAAAGACUGAAAAUAUAUAGAAAUCAUAAUUUUGUCAGUUUCAAGCUGAAUACUUCAUGUUAUAUGUAGUAGCCCUCUAGGUCAGAUGCAAAACCCAUGUUAAGUUUGAAAAACACUUGCACUACAAAAUAAAAUAUUUAGAGUGAAACAAGUGGUGAUUAUUAUAAAACUCAUAACAAUGAAUAGGGGACAUUUAAAAUUUUGUGCUAAGAAAUAAAUAAACACUUUUUUGUGAAAAGUCUGUA